AUGAACCUGGACAUAUGCAAGUACUUGUGCUUGGAUGAAGCCGACAGGCUCAUUGACUUGGGUUUCGAGGAUGAUAUCAGAGAGGUUUUCGACCACUUUAAAGCCCAGCGCCAGACGCUGCUGUUUUCCGCCACCAUGCCCAAGAAAAUCCAGGCGUUUGCGAAAAGUGCCCUGGUGAAGCCGGUUAUGGUUAAUGUGGGGCGUGCAGGUGCAGCGAAUCUGGACGUGAUUCAGGAGGUGGAGUACGUGAAGCAGGAGGCCAAGAUCUACCUGCUGCUCAAGGGAGUGGAGGCGGUGGCAGUGCACGGAGGGAAGGACCAGGAGGAGCGCGAGGCGGCAAUCGCGGCGUUCAAGGCCGGGAGGAAGGAUGUGCUGGUGGCGACUGAUGUGGCGUCCAAGGGGCUGGACUUCCCGGACAUUCAGCACGUGGUGAACUAUGACAUGCCCGCUGAGAUUGAGAACUAUGUUCACCGCAUCGGCCGCACGGGGCGCUGCGGGAAGACGGGGAUUGCCACCACGUUCAUCAACAAGAACCAGAGCGAGACGAUUCUGCUGGAUCUGAAGCAUCUGCUGCGGGAGGCGAAGCAGCGCAUCCCCCCCGUGCUGGCCUCCCUGGACGACCCCAUGGAGGACGCAGAGGCUCUCGCCGCCGCCUCUGGUGUGCGCGGGUGUGCCUUCUGUGGCGGCCUUGGCCAUCGCAUCAGCGAGUGCCCCAAGCUCGAGCACCAGAAGACUCAGGCCAUCUCUGGGAAUCACAAGGACUACUUGGGGUCGGGAGGGCGGCGGGGGGAAGAGAGGCGGCAGGGGGUAGGGGGGGCGGGAGGGGGGAGAGAGGCGGGAGGGGAAAAGGAGGGAGCAGAGAGAAGAGGAGAUGAAGAGGGGCAGACGGGAACGAGUGAAAGCAGGGUAGCUGCAUGGGCAAGGGGAGAAGAGGGGAGAGGAGGGGGAGGGGCGCAAGGAAUGAGCAGCGACAGCAGAGACGAGAGAGUGAGGCAGCGGAGCAGGGCAGACGGGUGGGUGGGGCCAUCUUGGGAGAAGAGAGGGAAUGGGGAGUCGAGAGCAAUGGGGCCAGAGGGGAGAGUUGGGGGAGGAGGGAGAGGGACUCAACGGGCGAGCAGCAGCAGUCACAGCAGCAGGGUAGACGCGUGGGUGCCUCCCUCUUGGGAAAAGAGAGGGAAUGGGAAUUUGAGAACAAGGGGAGCUGAGGGGGGAGGAGGGGUUGGGGCGGAAAGGACGAGCAGUAGUCGCAGCAGCAGGGUAGACGCGUGGGUGGCUCCUUCCUGGGAGAAGAGAGGGAAACGAGCAUGGUGGAUGGAAGGCGAGGAUGGGGGGAGUGGAGGAGAGGGGGGGAGUGGAGGGGAUGGGGGGAGUGGAGGGGAUGGGGGGAGUGGAGGGGAUGGGGGGAGUGGAGGGGAUGGGGGGAGUGGAACGGACGGGAGUACUGCAAGGGACGGGGGUAUGAGAGGGACUAAGGUGGAGGAAGUUGAGAGUAGGGCGGGAUGGUUAGAGAGGGAUGGAGAAGGCAUGGAAGGGGAAGGAGUAGGAGUAGAGAGAGUGAGAGGAGAAGGGGUUUUUCCAUGGCAGGACGCUGUAUCAUCAGCCACAGCAGCAGCUGCAGCUGCAGCAGGUGCUGGUGGGUCUUCCAGUGGUGCUGUGGUUGCUGAUACAGCCGUGGUAAGUGCCAGUGGAUUACUGAACGAGCAGUCGCACUCACCAUCCACAGCAGCAGUCGGGGGUUCUACCGAUGGUGCGCCCACAGCAGCAUUUCACGAGCAAUCACAGUUCCCUGACCGACCAGCGGCAGUAGCAGCAGGAGCGGCAGCAGCAGCAGGAGCAGCAGGAGCAGCAGCAGGAGCAGGAGCAGCAGCAGCAGCAGGAACAGCAGCCGCAAAACAAGUGGUGGUGGCUGCAAGUGUUGGUGAUCAACCCACACGAGCACGAGUGGCAUAUCCACCAUUCGACACAGAAGAGCCAGACGCAGCAGAAUCACACGCAGGAGAGCAAGCCGAAUCACGAGCAGCAAUGGUAGCAUCGGCACUGAACACAGCAGAGUCACAUGCAGCAGAUCGUGCUGAGAGCCCGACUCCUUCCCCUGGCAGGGCUUCAAAGGGCGGCGGGCUGGGAGGGCAGUCACGCACACAGGAGCAGCAGUGGCCAUGGGAUGAGGAGGAGGGGGAUAUCCCAUGCGCAGGGAUUACCAGUGUUGCUGAUGACGAUGGUGAUGGUGGUGUUGGUGGUGUUGGUGGUGGUGGUGAUGGUGUUUCCAGUGUGACCCGGAGCAGAGCAGCAGCGGCGGCCACUGACAGUAGCAGCACCAGGAAGAGCGGCAGGAAGAACACUUCUUUCACCAGGGAUGGCAGCAGCAGCAGUAAGAAUGCCCCUCUGGAGUCUGCUAGAAUACCCAGGCUGGAAUUUUCAGGAAACGGUAUACCCUCCUUGCCGUCUCAAAGCAGCAGCAGGAGCGGUAGAAGCAGCAACAGCGGAAGCAGCCUGGAAGUUUCCCGGGACAGCCCCGUGGCGCUCGCGCUGCAGGAGAGGCGCAAGGUGGUGCGGGCGGCGCUGAUGUCAGCGUUUGAGGAGGUGAAGCUGGGGAAGGUGUAUUCCAGGGAGCUUAUGAGGCACCUCCCUGCCUAUAUCGACCAGCUCGUGCUCCAGGUGAGGCUUCAGGUGCCUUUUCAGGCUGUAGCCCUCAAGUCCGAUCCGCACUACACCUUCCACUCCUUCCCCCACCGCGCGGCCAUCGCAGUGCACCGCUCUGCACCGCACCUGCUCGCGCGGUGGCUGAAGCAGACGGCCAAGCAGACCUUCGCCCGCACUGCCGCCCUCAUCACUCUCGCUGCCGCCAUGCAUGCUGAUUCCACUGAUGCUGCUGCUGAUGCUGUUUCUGCUGUGGGGGGAAAUGCCCUUGCCAGACGAGAUGGGCCGCGUGAGGGGGAGGAGCAGGAGCGGCGGAGUGGUGUGGUGUGGGUGCGGGAUUACAUCGAGUGGUUGCACCGAGCAGGGGUGAAGCAUGAUGUGGUGGGCCGCAUCGUUGUCCGCAACCCUGCCAUCCUUGCCACACCGAUCCACGACCUUCAGGUGGGUAGCCCGCACGAGCGGGCAUGGGAGCGGUUGCACCGAUUAGGCGUGAAGCAUGAUGUGGUGGGCCGCAUUGCCGUGCGCAACCCUGCCAUCCUCUUUUGGUUGCACCGGGCAGGCAUGAAGCAUGAUGUGGUGGGCCGCAUUGUCGUGCGCAACCCUGCCAUCCUCGCCACGCCCAUUCAUGACCUUCAGUGGGUGAGGGAUGACAUCAAAUGGUUGCACCGAGCAGGCGUGAAGCAUGAUGUGGUGGGCCGCAUUGCCGUGCGCAACCCUCCUUGCUGCACCCAUCCACCAGCUUCAGAAGGCGUGCGGAGGGAGUGGGUAGGAGUGGUGCUCAGCAAGGCGCCAGGCGUGCUGGUGGAAUCUCUUACGGUUUUCUCCUCGCUUACCCAUUUCCCCCCUUCCCUCUCCCGUGUACCUUCCGCCAUGCCUUUCAUCGGGUAUCUCCCUCCUCUCUUCCCCUUGCUCCAGGUCCGAGUAGACUACCUGGUCGACCAAGUGGGUGUGCGGAGGGAGUGGGUAGGAGUGGUGCUCAGCAAGGCGCCAGGCGUGCUGGUGGAUCCAUUUGAGAAGCUUCUAGGAAAGGGGCGGCUGCUGCAUGCUAUGCUUGAGCCGCUGGCAGCGCAGCAGCGGGAGCAGUGGGAGGAGCGGGAGAGGGAGAGGAGGGUGAGAGAGGCGGAAUGGGAGGAGGAGGCAAGGUUGAGGGAGUGGAGGGAGGAGAGGGAGGAAAGCGAGGAGAGGGAGGAAAGCGAGGAGAGGGAGGAAAGCGAGGAGAGGGAGGGAAGGGAACGAGAGGCAAUGGCAACAACCACAAUCCCAGCAGCAGGAGCAGCUGCAGCAGCAGACAGAAGAGCAGCAGCAGACAGAAGAGCAGCAGCAGACAGAAGAGCAGCAGCAGACAGAAGAGCAGCAGCAGAUGCAAGUGCAGCAUCACAGAAAAGAGCAGCAGGUGGAGAAUCAGAGUCGCUGCUUCUAUCUCUCCCCCCCCUCGCCUCUCGAGACAUCCCUGCAGCUCUCCGCCUGCCAGACUCCUUCCAGCACCACCCGUUGCCGAAAAGCGUGUGGGAGCUUGCCGGCACAGUGGUGUACAACCACCCUCACGUGAUGAGCGACGAGGAUUUACCCAUGGAGGCACUUGAGGCAAAGUCCAGACGCCUGUCAGCUGCCUUCCAGCGCCGCCCGUUGCCCAAGAGUGUGAGGGAGCUGGCGGGCCCAGUGGUGUGCAGCCACCCUCACGUGAUGAGCAACGAGGAUCUACCCAUGGAGGCACUGCAGGCGAAGUGGCACAGUGGUGUAUGGGAGCUGGCAGGCACAGUGGUGUACAACCACCCUCACGUCGUGAGUGACGAGGAUUUACCCAUGGAGGCACUGCAGGCAAAGAUACGGGAGUCAUGCUGGAGUGGAUGGGGUCCGUCCAGUCUCCUGCUAGCCAGGCUCCUUCCAGCACCACCCAUUGCCUUAACGUGUGGUGGAGCUGGCAUCACAGUGGUGUGCAACCACCCUCACGUGAUGAGCGACGAGGAUGUACUCCUCAUGGAGGCACUGCAGGCGAAGUGGCUGGCACAGUGGCUGGCACAGUGGCUGGCACAGUGGCUGGCACUGUGGCUGGCACAGUGGCUGGCACAGUGGUUGGCACAGUGGCUGGCACAGUGGCUGGCACAGUGGCUGGCACAGUGUGCUGAUGAGAGAAAUGGAUCUUCAGGUCAAGCUCACAUUCUUCAGUCCUUACGUAUUGUGUGCCAUUGUAACGAGCUCGCAUUCUUCGAAUCGCUCCACAUCAGGGGAGUGGGCCUCGCUAAAGUCAUCGUGCGCCGCCCGCAGUUGCUGAGCAGCUCGCUGGACGCCACGUGGCAGCUGCUGAUUCGCUACCUCUCGCUGUUGGGGCUCACCAACACGCAGAUCGGGGAAAUGGUGGUGCGCCACCCAAAGGUGCUGCAGCUCACCGUGCAGGCGGAUGUCUCUCCUAAGGUAUGGGUGAGGUAUAGGAGAGAUGGUGAGAUGGUGGUGCGCCACCCAAAGGUGCUGCAGCUUACAGUGCAGGCAGACGUGUCUCCCAAGGUUCGCUUCCUCCGGCUGAUCGGGAUUCCCGAGGCAGAUGUAGCGGGAGUUCUGCACCGCUUUCCACCCAUCCUCACCUACAGCCUCGACAAGAAGAUAAGACCACUGGUUCGGUUCCUCGUCACCGAAGCAGGAGUCCCGGACCACGAGGUUUGGAAGGUCGUGGUGGCUCGGCCGGACUUGGUGGCGUGCCAUCUGGACGACAGGCUUCGUCCGCUAGUGCGCUUUCUGCUAUCCAUGGGCGUAGUGAGGGAAGAUGUGGGGAGCAUGGUGGUGCAGUUCCCCCCUCUGCUCAAGUACAAUCCGGCUAUUCUCAAGCCCAAGUGGCGGUAUUUUCAGAGGACCAUGCGGUUGACUGUCGAUCAUCUAGUGGCUUUCCCACGAUUCUUCAGCUAUGCCCUGGACACGCGCAUUGCUCCAAGGCACCGCCUGCUGCAGCAGCAAGGGCUGUCCUUCAGCCUGAGACACAUGCUGUGCUGCUCAGAUGAGCUGUUCUUAGAGCGGGUCAAGCACAUGCUGUGCUGCUCUGAUGAGCUGUUUUUGGAAAGAGUGAAGUGGGCGCUGGAUGGGAGGGGGGAGGGCAGUGGAGAGGACGGGAGAGGAGAGGACAGUGAGGUGGGUAGGGAGGAGGAAGUGGGGGAGGAAGCAGAGGAUGGUGAGGAGGACGAGGGAGGGGGAGAGGAAGCAGAGGUGGCACAGAAGAGAGAAGGGUUGGUGUGGUUACCGUAA